AAGGCAUUGAGGAAAAUAAAGAAAGUGUGCGAAUGAGACUAAAACGUAAAAAUGAAACAAUACUCUCUUUACAUCAGGAAGAGAAUUUAACAAAAGUUCGUAGAAUAGGUCCUCCCUCAUCAGUUGCUGCACGUCAUGAAUUUUUUAAGCAACAAAGACAAGAGAUUAUUUUGAAUGGUCGUCCAUCCAAUUGUAUUGGUCCACCAAUUUUCUUGUAUCAUGAAGUUUUUUCAAAAUUUUCCUCUGAUUUCAAUAAUGAAAAGCUUGAUUUAUCAAAUGGACUUUGUGCAUGGACAAAUGAAUUAAUUGAAACUAUGGCUAAUGAACACAUGAAUGAAGAUUCACGUAAGAAUGAAUUUAUUAAUCAUAUUACUAAAUUUAUUGAUAAACUUCUUGAGGUAAAAAUUGAAGAUGGAAGUAGCAAUGAUGGAAUGUUAUUGAUAGAAACUGCUUGUGGUGAAAAUGGAUUACGAAUUAUCCAUGAAAUUAAAAAUGAAAUUGGUGAAGGAGGAAGUGAUCCAACAAUUCAAGUAACACUUUCAUAUUCAAAGUAUUGGGCACAAGAACAACGUAAUAAAAUUCGAGCAGUAUGCAGUUGUCCAUCCAUACUUCUUGCUGUGGCUGGUCCAUGGAUUUGUGUUCUGGGAGGCAUUUAUACUUCUAAUCCAGUGAUUAGUCCUCUUACUGAUUUGAUUCCAAUGAUACCUAGCCUUGAUGAAAAGUGCUAUCACCGUAUUGCAUGUCUUUUUCAAGCAUUAUACAAUGCUGACCAAUAUUUAAAAAAUUUUUAUCAAGGACUUGAUAUAUCUAAACAUGAAAAUAUUGGGAAUCCCCAGCGAUUUUAUCCAUAUCCUCAUGAAUACAUCACAGAUGAUAGAACAGUAAUAUUUACAUAUGAAGAUUGGUUGACAGAAGACAAAACAAAGCUUUUAUUUAAGGGAAGAACUGAUGGUGGAUGUGAAAUUGUUAUCAAAUUUACUCAGAGAUAUAAUGCUAAAGUACACCAUCUUUGUGCUGAAAAAAACUUUGCACCAAAACUUUUUUAUGUCAGCAACAGUAGUUUAGGAGGAUGGUACAUGAUUGUGAUGAAAUAUAUUGAUAGUGAAACUUUACAGACUGCAAACAUUACAAGAGAGGAAUACAAUGAUGUCUUGAAAAACAUUGAAGAAGUUAUUGAUACUUUACACACCAAUGAUAUUGUUUUUGGUGACUUACGCAACUCAAAUAUAAUGAUAAAAAAGGUUGAUGAAAGAUUACAAGCAAUGCUUAUAGACUUCGACUGGGCUGGAAUACAUCAAAAAGAUCGUUAUACACCUAGAAUAAAUCCAGAAAUUAAAUAG